AAAAGAUGAUCCACUUCGAAUUGUCGAUUGCAUGUGUGUCUAGUGGCCACACGAGCAUUACCACUUCCCUUAUGGCUAUGUCUUCACGCAACAACUCAUUGCAUGCCUCGUUUUCUCCUCUUUCUCUUCUCCACGGUAAGCCAUAAACUCUACCUAAACAAUUAUUGCUUGCAGUGAAUAUCGCGGUUUAAUUUUAUUGCUGCAUCUAGUUUGUGUAAUAAACUAUACAAAUUUCACAUUUUUAAGGCACAUAAUUCUUGCUUUAUGUUUUUUAGUGUGACCCAGAUGAUGUUUUGAGUCCUUUUUGAAUUUUUCAUUAAGGAUUUAUAAUAUCAUAUGAUUAAAAUGGAUACUUUACUCAAAACACCAAACAAGCUUCAAUUUUUACACCCACUUCAUGGUUAUUCAGAAAAAUUGAGUCAUUUUUCAGCUUCAGAUAAGUUGCAAAACCAUGUAGUUAGAUUUAGUUCAAAGAAAAAACCAGUUUUGAGGGCUAGUAGCAGUGCCCUUUUGGAGCUUGUUCCUGAAUUCAAGAAGGAAAAUUUGGAUUUUGAACUUCCUUUGUAUGAUUCAACAAAGGGAACUGUUGUGGAUCUUGUAGUUGUGGGAGGUGGUCCUGCAGGUCUUGCUGUAGCACAGCAAGUUUCUGAGGCAGGGCUUUCUGUUUGUGCUAUUGAUCCAAACCCUAGAUUGAUUUGGCCUAAUAAUUAUGGUGUUUGGGUGGAUGAAUUUGAGGCCAUGGAUUUGCUUGAUUGUCUUGAUAAAACUUGGUCUGGUGCUGUUGUUUAUAUCGAUGAUAAAACGAAAAAGGAUUUAGAUAGACCUUAUGGAAGGGUUAAUAGGAAGCUUUUGAAGUCGAAGAUGCUGCAGAAAUGCAUAGCAAAUGGUGUUAAGUUUCACCAAGCUAAGGUUAUCAAGGUUAUUCAUGAGGAAUCCAAAUCGAUGUUGAUUUGUAAUGAUGGUGUCACGGUUCAGGCUACUGUUGUUCUUGAUGCCACUGGCUUUUCGAGAUGUCUGGUCCAGUAUGAUAAACCGUAUAAUCCCGGUUAUCAGGUUGCGUACGGGAUUUUGGCUGAGGUUGAAGAACACCCUUUUGAUGUUGAUAAAAUGCUUUUUAUGGACUGGAGAGAUUCGCAUCUAGACAAUGACUUGAAGCUCAAGGAGAGAAAUAGUAAAAUACCUACAUUUCUGUAUGCAAUGCCCUUUUCGUCAACCAAGAUAUUUCUCGAAGAAACCUCUCUUGUAGCGCGCCCUGGGUUACGGAUGGAUGAUAUACAGGACAGAAUGGUUGCUAGAUUGAAACAUUUGGGGAUUAAUGUGAAAAGCAUUGAAGAAGAUGAGCAGUGUGUGAUUCCCAUGGGUGGCCCUCUCCCAGUUCUCCCUCAAAGAGUUGUUGGAAUCGGUGGUACGGCCGGGAUGGUGCAUCCUUCAACUGGGUAUAUGGUAGCAAGAACCCUGGCUGCAGCUCCUAUUGUUGCCAAUGCUAUUGUUCAGUAUCUUGGUUCUGAUAGAGGUCUUUUAGGAGACGAAGUAUCUGCACGGGUAUGGAAAGACUUAUGGCCAAUCGAAAGGAGACGACAAAGGGAGUUCUUCUGUUUUGGUAUGGACGUCUUACUCAAGCUUGAUUUACCUGGCACAAGGAGAUUUUUCGAUGCAUUUUUUAAUCUGGAACCUCACUAUUGGCAUGGAUUCUUAUCAUCAAGACUGUAUCUUCCUGAACUCUUUACUUUUGGAUUGUCUCUAUUUUCUUAUGCUUCAAAUACAUCUAGGCUAGAGAUAAUGGCUAAGGGAACUCUUCCUUUGGUAAAUAUGGUCAACAACUUGAUACAAGAUAAAGAAUAAGUUUAUUUUCUACUUUUCUGUUGUAUGCUACGUAUGUUAUGCACGCAUCCACUUUGUAUGUGCUCCACUUGUAGUUUACUACUGAUAUUAUAGAUUUCCAUUAAGUUUAUUACAUUGGUUUAAUUCCUUA